AAAUUAUGACCUAACUCUAAUAUUGUAGACAUGCUACGAGAGCACCGAAAACUCGAUAUUUAUCACUCUAUUGCGUAUAAACGGGUCAUACUCGAAUGAUUACAAACAAUAACGCAGCGACUGCAAUCGCUCAAGCUCAUCAUUUCACGUAUAAGCCUUUGCUAUUGAUUCUCAAUAUUUUAUUUUUCAUUUAGUCAAGUUUAAACCUAUAUUGCGUUGAGAUCGUUGGUUUGAAAUGUACGACUUGCAAACUACUUGAUUUUAAAGAUCUUUGGUGGGUGUAAGCGGCCGAUAACAACAUCAAAAUUCCCCCACAUCAGUAUCUGACUUUUGGAGAUUAACAACUGAAAAAAACUAUGGCCAGUAUUGGAAUUGAUUUUGGAACGUCUUUCUGCUGCGUUGCUGCUUGUAUUGAUGGCAAAGUUGAAGUUAUAUCCAAUGAACUCGACAGUCGAUUGACACCUUCAUAUGUCGCCUUUACCGAAGACGAGAGAUUGUUCGGAGAUGCAGCGCAAAACCAAGCUCCAGUCAAUCUAAAGAAUACUGUAUAUCAAAUAAAACGACUCAUAGGUCGGACAGUGGAUAAUGAAGCUGUACAAAAAUAUCAGCAAUAUUGGGGUUUUGAAAUUGACUUGAGCGACAAUCAUCUUCGAAUACCGAUAACCUACCGGGAGAAGAAAUACAAACUCCGACCUGAACAAAUCGCAGCAAUGCUGCUCGAGCAAAUGAAACAUAUCGCCGAGGAGUAUCUCAACGAAAAUGUCGAUAACGCCUUCAUAUCUGUUCCUGCGUGUUUUAUUGAUCAACAACGUAAUGCAAUCCAAGACGCAGGUUUUAUAGCGGGAUUCAAGAAUGUCAGAUUGAUUGACGAACCUAAAGCUGCAGCAAGAGCAUUUGCAGAGAAUCGUAAUAUAUCUGACAGACGUAACGUUCUAAUAUUCGACAUCGGAGGAGGGAAGUUUGAUGUGGCCAUUUACGUUAUUGAAGGAAGCAAUGUUAUUGAAGCUUUGGCCGCACAUGGAAAUCCCAGUUUUGGAGGAGACGAUUUUGACAUUAACAUGAUGGAUAACAUAAACGUAUGUUCUGGUAAUAAGAAGGGAAUGUUCCGACUGAGAGUGGCCUGUGAAAAAGCGAAGAAAAAAUUUUCGGCUUCGAAGCAAGCCAGACUCCAAGCUGAUUGCAUCAAUGGAAAUGAACCUUACAACACAACGUUGACGAGGUCCGAAUUCGAAGAAAUAAAUAAAGAGAGUUUUAAAAGUAUCGAACAAGUUCUUCGCAAUGUUUUAACAAAAGCGAAGAUUGUCGCCAACCAGAUUGACGACAUUGUACUCGUCGGAGGCUCAACACGAAUCCCCAAAAUCAGAGAAUUUCUUCGAGAAUUUUUUGAUGGAAAAGCGUUGAACAGAACCGUAAAUCCUGACGAGGCGGUGGCAUGUGGUGCUGCUUAUUAUGCGGAACAAGCCUUCAACAACGAUAGGAGACAUGAGCAUCCAAAUGCAGAUAAUGAAAGAAAGUUGACUGAUGAAAUACGUGUAAUGAUUCAAGGAAACGCAAUUUUCAAUCAAGAAGACGAGCAAGCGAGGCAGCUUAAUGAAGCAAGAAACAAUUUAGAAGCAUACAUUCACAAAAUAACGAAACGUGCAAAAGAUUCGUCAAGCAAACUCGACGAGGACCAAAAGCGACGCAUCUUGAAAAAAUGUGAUUCAACUAUAUUGUGGCUUGAAGAAUACGGAGAGAAUGCCAAUACUGACGAUUUAGACUCAAAGAGAGCGGAUCUUAAAGCAGCAUAUGAGAACAUAAAGUUCAUACAAAACCCACAGUCUAGAACACGUAAACCUGAAAAAAGAAAGAUAACCGAUAACAGGGGAACAGACCCACUUUUAUAUAAUGCAAAUAAUGGCACGAAUGAGGUCGGCGAUUAUGGAUUUGUGGACGGAGAAGAUAUGCAGACAGUUAUGAAACCACAGCCACCUGAUGAGGUCAAACAAGCAUUGGGGGAACUCAAGAAGGCAAGAAAAUCAAUAAAAUGCGAGGUUACACAUGACAACUCUGAAAUCAACUAUGAAGAUAUACAGAAAAUAACUGAUGAAUGUGAUAAAAUAAAAGCUUGGGUGAAAAAGACCAAGAAUCCAAACUUGGAUCAAAUUUCAAACAAACAUCACGAACUUGAAGAUUUGUUUCAGUCUAUAAUGAACAGUGCAACUAAAAAGAGAAAAACUGAUUACGAUACCGUAAAACAAGAAACGGAUCCAAAUAAUAAAAACACUGAUCAACCUUCCUCAUCCAGAGAAUCAACAAAGAACAUAUCAAACCCGAGAGCGAGUUCACCUUCAAAACAAAAACCAAGUGGUCGCGGUGAAGCAGACCCACUUUCUAUUAAUGAAAAUUAUGGCACGCCAUCAGUUGAAAUCCCACGAGCAUUGGCAGAUCUGAAAAAAACAAGAAGAUCAAUAAGUGAUCAAGUUAUGAAUGAUAACUCAUUGAAGAUUAACAACGAAGAAAAACAAACUCUUCUAGAUGGGUGUGAUAAGAUGAAGUUUCGGGCAAAAGAUACCCAGCGAAAGAGUUAUCCCAACGAUACAGUACUACGGGAAGCAAUUCCAGAAGUUAAAAACAGUGAUAAACCAGCAUCCAAAGCAGGACAGUGGAACGUUCCCGGCAAAGCGGCAACAGCAACAAUGGGGCAAUCAGACAGUAAUAGUCAAACAGACUUAAUCUCUGGUAAUCAUGUCAAGGUGAUAACAAGUAAACCUACAAAAAUAAAAUCAAGUAAUAGUCGUCCUGCAGAUUCUGAUCUUAAGUCGGCAGCUACAGAGUCAGAUUCAUGGCUGAAUAUGUUUUUGGAGUGUUUUCGUCCACAGUGUAUAGAGCAGGAAGAAGGAACGGGAGAAGAUUCACCACUAGUGUCACAAACAUAAGUUAACAAGAUUUCUACUGAAGACGUUAAUUAAUAUCGCACGCUCUCAUGGGAGCUCAUUGAACAGGAACGGGAUAGAGCCAUAGGAAUUGAUAAUUAUAUAAAAAAAAGAUAAUAUAUGUAUAUAUAAAAUAUAUAUCCCAUAUAUAAUAAAUGCUUCCCAUUUGAAGAUUGGAUCCGUUGAAAUACCAUUGAGCUAGUAUAUUGUCACUAAACUAUAACCAUAACUUUCAACUAUAAUCGUGUGAGCCAAAAUAUCAUUUGCAAUAUAAAUAUUAAAGGACAAUAACAAGCUAAAAAAACAACUGUCAAUCAUUUGCAAUUAUCAAUAUUGUAUUAAUUUUAGAACUUGUACUGAUGUAAAAAUACAAUUUUUUUUUUAAAUAAUCUACCAUUUGCAAUUUGCUCUUGGUUACUUUGUGCAGAAUAUUUGAUAUUUGUAACCGCCACAUGCUUGGUUUUCUUUCCAUAUUUGUUAUCCCGCUAUCCAUUGUUUAUAAUUUAAUGAAACGCAUUUUAAUAUUAAUUAUACUUCAAAUGAACAAGAAAGCAAUGCUCAAAUAUAUCGAAAUCCUCAACACCGUUGUACAGGUAUACAAUCGGUGACAGUAGACUACCGGUAUCAGCUGUCACAAUUUCAUGAAAAUAUUAAAGACAGUCAUCAUAAUGUCAUAAAACGUAUUCCAAAAUUUGAAAAUUAUACAGCGCGUUUUAGAUGAAACAUCAGAUCAAAAUUUAGAAACAAAUAAGUAAUAACCUUCUAGCAAAAAUACAAUUUUUAACCACUAAAAAGCAAUUUAAUACUUAAAGGAAAAAUACUACCAAGAACAAUAGUGUGAUAUUAAAGCGAUCCACUUUUUUGUAAAUCUACGAUGCUGGCUAAAAUCAAAAUGCUUUUCAGUAAAGUAAGAAAAUUACAAAAUACGUUUUAAAACGCUAAUAUGCAGCAUACAGCUUCACCCGUGGUAGUUCAAAGGUUGUUAUAAAAGGUAUUCCGAUCAAGGUUUUGUACAAGCAAUUACUUAUACAACAUUAGGAGACCUAUCUUUAUGAAAGCCGGAAUCUUUCCGACCCGGUAUUGCCUACUUGAUUCAAUACAACCUGUGUGAGGUUGUGGUCACGUAUUGGAAGCCUAGAAUUGUAACUUAGUCAAGUCUAACGCUCUAACCUUGACAUGGGCAAAUUACGGUCCGCGGGCCAAAUCCGGCCCGGUGGGUAAUUUAACCUGGCCCUCCAUAAUCAACGAGAUUGCAGCAAAAAUAAAAAUCGUUUUCAACUGUAUAACCCAGUGGUUCCCAACCACAGCGCCGCCGCACAUUAGUUUGCCAUGGAAUGAAUAUUGGUGUGCCCCGAAAAUAUUUUAUUUUUGACACCGGCAUUCAUCAAUAUU